CCAAACGGGGCCGCUCGAGCGCAUACGAGCCCCAAAAUCAUCAAAUCGGCUGGCUCAUGGCCACAGCCCAUUUGAAUCCUGCGACAAAUAGCAAAGCAAAUGGUUAUCAAUCUUGAAUCUGACACCAAACGCGCUCGCGCGAAUUGUACGACGCCCCAUUGCCGAUGCAAAACUUGCAGAUCGGUGAAAUAGAGUCGCGCUCUCCACUCGCGCAGUGCACUGUGUUCACUCGCCGAUAUAGAAACAUGGCCGCCACUAUGCAGAUGAACAAGCAGGCCACGCGCCAGGCUGCUCAGCAGGGCCGCGUCGCCCCUUUCAAGGCGACCGGUGUUGUGCGCAAGGUCGCUCAGCUGCCCAGCUCCACCUUCUCCGGCGUGACCGUGCCUCAGCGUCAGUUCGCUGUCAGCGGUGCCCGCAGCGUGUCGCGCGCCGUGCAGUCGGUGUUCGCUGUUAAGGAUGGCGCUGCCCUGGAGGGCCGCAAGCUCCGCGUUGCCGUCAUCGGCGGUGGCCCGUCGGGUGCCUGCGCUGCGGAGACCCUGGCUAAGGGUGGUGUGGAGACCUUCCUGCUGGAGCGCAAGCUGGACAACUGCAAGCCCUGCGGUGGUGCCAUCCCUCUGUGCAUGGUUGAGGAGUUCGACCUGCCCAUGGAGAUUAUUGACCGGCGCGUCACCAAGAUGAAGAUGAUCUCCCCCUCCAACCGCGAGGUCGAUGUGGGCAAGACCCUCAGCGAGACCGAGUGGAUUGGCAUGUGCCGCCGCGAGGUGUUUGAUGACUACCUGCGCAACCGUGCCCAGAAGCUGGGCGCCAACAUCGUGAACGGCCUGUUCAUGCGCUCGGAGCAGCAGAGCGCUGAGGGCCCCUUCACCAUCCACUACAACAGCUACGAGGAUGGCAGCAAGAUGGGCAAGCCCGCCACCCUGGAGGUCGACAUGAUCAUCGGUGCCGACGGCGCCAACAGCCGCAUCGCCAAGGAGAUCGACGCCGGCGAGUACGACUACGCCAUUGCCUUCCAGGAGCGCAUCCGCAUCCCCGACGACAAGAUGAAGUACUAUGAGAACCUGGCUGAGAUGUACGUGGGUGACGACGUGUCCCCCGACUUCUACGGCUGGGUGUUCCCCAAGUACGACCACGUCGCGGUCGGCACCGGCACCGUGGUCAACAAGACCGCCAUCAAGCAGUACCAGCAGGCCACCCGUGACCGCUCCAAGGUCAAGACCGAGGGCGGCAAGAUCAUCCGUGUGGAGGCACACCCCAUCCCCGAGCACCCCCGCCCCCGCCGCUGCAAGGGCCGUGUUGCCCUGGUCGGCGACGCUGCCGGCUACGUGACCAAGUGCUCGGGUGAGGGCAUCUACUUCGCCGCCAAGUCGGGCCGCAUGGCCGCCGAGGCUAUUGUGGAGGGCUCCGCCAACGGCACCAAGAUGUGCGGCGAGGACGCCAUCCGCGUCUACCUGGACAAGUGGGACCGCAAGUACUGGACCACCUACAAGGUGCUGGACAUCCUGCAGAAGGUGUUCUACCGCUCCAACCCUGCCCGCGAGGCCUUCGUGGAGCUGUGCGAGGACAGCUACGUGCAGAAGAUGACCUUCGACUCGUACCUGUACAAGACCGUGGUGCCCGGCAACCCCCUGGACGACGUCAAGCUGCUGGUGCGCACCGUGUCUUCCAUCCUGCGCUCCAACGCCCUGCGCAGCGUCAACUCCAAGUCGGUGAACGUGUCGUUCGGCUCCAAGGCGAACGAGGAGCGCGUCAUGGCUGCGUAAGCGGCUUUACGGGAGUGCUCGUUCUGAUGGCAGCGCUGUCGCUUCAGCUUCAGCCGUCAGCUGGUCCGAUAUGGGCUGCAGCAGUUUUGCGGAUUCGGUUGCGGCAGCAGCAGCGACAGGAGUGGACUGAGGAGGGAGCAGCGUGAUUAGGGCUGGAAAUGCUCUUCAAUGCAUCUGCGAUCUCGGACGUUUCCCUCUCGCCAGCCUCAAAUCUGUGUGUAUGUGCGGCUGCUCCCCAUUGGCUUGGCUAGGCCUCGGCGGCUGACGCUGGGGCACCGGCACGCCGCAAUUUUUAAGUACCAGCGGCGUCCCGGCGCCUGGAUUUGCGGCAUGGACGAGGAGGGGCGAGUGUAGCGUUUACAGCAGGCUAGGCGUUUGAAGCGAUCUGGUCGGCAGUGACAGUUGUCCGCGUGUGUUGUGUUUCACUAAUUGACUCGGCAUUAUUUUCUCCCCGCAAUGUGGGUGCAUGGCUGGAUCUCGCCAUGUGUGCUGCAUUGGUUGCUGCCCGUGCGUGCCCCGCCGCUGUCGUGUGUUGGGCGGGCGGCCGGCAGCGGCAGGAAGACCGGUGCUCCAAAUGGACCAUGGGAAGUGUGAUGGAUCGUGCAUCGUUGGGUGCUCGUGGCGACGUGAAGAUGACCGUGACCUUGUGAUAGAGAGUUUAGAGACUACCAAGAAAGGAAGAAUACUCUUCCUCCACGCGCAGCGGGAGUGUUUGUUGGAGGGGAGCCGGACGGCUCCUCCCGAGUGGUGUGGUGUGAGUGUUUGGAAUGCGUUCGGCUCGGAUGGCGACAGGAGGAUAAUUAUCUCGUGGAACGAGCCUCGCAGAUACGGAUGGCCUUCCCGAGAUCGGAAGUGAGCACCCAGUGUGCUGAAGUGAGAAGACACCCCCAAAUUAGGGCUCGAACAGAGCCAGCAGGGCGCCGCGCCUCCCACGUGCCUCGGCGAUCCCGUGUAAAUACCCCAGAUA